GAUCUUUACUGUUUACAAUUAAAAAAUUUCCUUUCUAGUUAUUUAGUUUGAUUUCCCAUCAUCAAAUUUUUUAUCCUUGUGAGGUCAAACUUAUGCAAAUGGGGUCACUCCUUUCGUUUGAGAAAGCAGCUAAGUUGUCAUUCUUUAGGUGUUAUUCAAGUAGUGGUCAAAUGAUUGUAUUAUAACCAUCUGGAAACUUUCCGAUUAUAUGAAAUUAAUGUUCAUUAAGAAGAAAGUUAUAGCAUGGAACAGGGUUGUCUUAACCUUUUCAGACGCAGCAUGGAGGGAAAGAGUAGCUGUCUUGAUUUUUCAUGUUAUAUUUUUCAGCUGUCUGUUAUGCAUACGAGGAAUCAUUUUCCUGCAUGUAUGUGUUUUUCUCUCAUUUAUAAAUAAAAUUUAUUAAUUUUCAAAGAAAAAGGUUGUAAAAAAAAUUAUGUGUUUUUUAUUUUGUUUCUUAGUGUAAAAACAGAGCUUGUUUCUGAAUAAGAUAUUGUUGAUGUCAGCUGGAUUUUGAGCAGUAGCCCAUAGGUAAUGAACUUGUGGCUAUUGCAUUAAGAGGAGUAAUGACUUUAAAGAAUUCUCUGGGAGAAUAUCAAUUAGACAAAAUUCCUGGUGUAGCAGACUUCUUGUUAAUGUUACCUAUAGUUCGAAGAUAAAAGCAUUUAUUGUAGUAUGGGAGAUGGUCUAUGGUGAGGUGAGGAUUAGAGUCAGACUACUUUGGAAAUACUACAUUCACCAUAAUCUAUGUUAGAAGAAGAGUUAUGUAAACCUACCUGUUCUUGAUUUGUUGGAUCAGAUGAUUAAUUCUAUUGAUCAGAGUAACCUUUUGAGCUGGAAGAUUAAACGUGCUACUGGCGAUGUUUUUGCUCUUUCUUGUUCUUGUUGUGUAAAUUAGAAAAUAAACUGCUUUAUGCAAUCAUCAGUAACUUGAUUUGGAUGAUAAUUACUUUGUGACACCAUUAUUCCAAUGACAACUGCAGUAUCAUCCAUGAAAUAAUUACGUUUGAUCUUGUGUGCUUUUCACUGUAUCUUUUGGUCACGUAACCAUUGUAUUCUGUUGAUUACUAUAUGAUUGCCAUGUCAAAGUAGUAUCAUUUAAUUGCAGUUGCCUGAUAGAUGGUGGUUGCUGAGUACCUUGCCUCUUUUGUUUGACAAAUUUAUCGAAUCACCUUCAAAGAAUAUUACAUCUUCAACUUCACCAAUGAACAUGGGUCCACAUUCUCUGUUUAUAAACCAUCAGGAGCAGGGUGACUGCUUGGCUUUUGAAGCAUUAACUGGCACUACAAAACAUCUUUUGGAAGAAAACAACCAGGCUUUUGUUCAAAUUUCAGCAAAUAUUUCUACCCUCAAGUUGCAGGAGAAUAUUGAUCUCUUUUGCCGUGCAAGGAACAAUAUAACUGCAGUGUUAAACGAAAUGAGAAGUAUGCCUGGGAUAAUGAGUCGGAUGCCCCCACUUCCUGUAAUCAUAAAUGAGGAACUUGCAAGUAGUAUUUUGCCUAGUUCAUCUCAGCCCGUGAUGUUUUUUUCAUCUGGUGGGAUCUAUCUGAAGCAGGAGCCUGGUUGCUGAUUGGAAAUUCUUGUGUUUGAGUUCAUAAAUCUUGUCUUUGUAAGUAGAUUUCUGCUGUAAUGUGCGAGUAUCUGGAUCCCGAGGUAAUAAUAUCUUUCCAGAGAUCAUGUUUUUGGAAGCCGAAAUGUUUGCUGGAGCAGAUACUAGAAAAAGAGAACAGAUGAAAAUAAUAUUGACUCAUCAUUAUCAGUUGACAAGGCAGGUAGAAAUCGACUAAGGCACUUUAAAGCCAAAUGUUAAGUUGCCUUCACAGAACAGAAAAAGGUUUUUUGAGUCUUUUCCUCUACAUUCGGAAACCUUGUGUCAAUUACAAAUUCUAUCAUUUGUGCAUUAGUCUGAUGAGUGCAUGUAAUAAUGCUGAUAUUUUGAAGAAUUAAUGUAGUAAACAAUUUGAUAACAAGGUUGUAAAUAUGCACAAAGAUCUUCUAAAGGAAUCGGCAUUAUAAUGGACAAGAUGUUUUACUUAUUAUA